GUACCCGAAAGAUUAAAACGCUGACAUUGCAGUACCUGACUAUUGUAAUCGACAAAAUAGUACUUGGUUAAUUUUAAAAACUGACAAGCGUGUCCAUAAACUUGUCGGACCAAAACUCCGGUGAGGACAAUGCUUACCUGGACACCGGAUUAUGCUGACAAAUUAUGUUUUAAUUGAGUUGUAAUUUCUAAUUAAUUAAUUUGUUAGCCUAGGUGGAAAUUGAUUUCAUUUUGCCACCAAAUCAGAACUCUUUGCCCUGAUCCCAAAUUAACAAGCUCUCUAUGGCAGAACCAACAGUUUCAGUGACGCUUCUCAUAGCCAGCUGGUUAACACCUUCUUCCCUCUUCAUCUUUGUCAACCUCGUCAUUGGCACCAUUGCCAUCACCUCCCGCUUCACCUCCUCCCACAACAACCGAAUUCAAGAACAUGAACUCCAACACCCUUUCACUCGCUCACCCUCCCUCCUGCAACGAGUCAAAUCCUUCAGACUCACUCCAAUACACCUACGACACAACGCCGAGUACUGCCGAACCGGCGAGUUCACUCAGCCUCAACUCGUUCGAACAUCCUCGCUUUUGGAACGAGUCAGGUCCUUCAAUUUUAGCCUCCACAAACACGAAACCACGGAAACAUCAUAUGCAGAAAAAACAGAUCAUAACCAGGCCCAAACCAACCAACCAGCGGCGGCCACCUUCUCCUCCCUCACUCUUACUGGCCGAGCCACCGUGACCCUCCUCUUCGCGAUAUCACCUCCAGCUCGCGUCCAGCCUCCGUCUUCUUCCCCUCCUGUCCGAACCCUAGCCUCGCCUCAGCCUCCAAUCAUCACCACCGCAGCCGGCGUCUGUACCCACAACCGACACAGAGCCACCACAUCUCUCUCUUUCUUCUUCUUCCGCCUCUCCAUCUUUCCCCUGUCCGUACCCUAGCGCCGCCCAGAACCACCGAACCUUCGCGGACCACCCAACGCGCCUCCACACCUUCACUGUUUCGGCGCCUCACCUCCGCGAUUUCACCAUCGCCGCACCUCAUCUCCGCCGAGCCCAGAACCUAACCUCCAACCACAUCGCCGCCGGUUCUCCUUGGCUCUGUGCGAGACCCACCACCUCCGCGAAGCUCUCUCUCCCUCUGUCAUUAGUUCCCUAACCGCCAGCCACCAACAGCCUCCUCUUCACCGGACCAACACGACGGCGAGCUUCUCUUUCGCCUCCCUGUUCGCCGCUAGGACUCCACCUAGAACAACCGAUGCCACUCAUCUUCCUCUCCUUUCCUGUUUCGAAGUGGAAGUAGAGAAGCAGAGAACAGAAAUUACAGAUACAGAUCGAGAUGUUGGAAGUAGAGAAGCAGGGAUUCAAGUGGCAGAAGUUCAGAGAGCUUGUUAAUUUGGGAUUAGGGCAAAGAGUUCUGAUUUGGGGCAAAAUGAA